AAUUACUUUCCGUAUGGUUAUUAUUUGAGUUUUAUUAAUUUACUUAUUUAAUAAUGCCUAAAGUAUUUUUACCUCAAAUAUUGUGGCAUAGCAAGGAUAACAAACGCUGUGAUCGUAUUUAUUCCAUACACUUCCAACCCGUUACACAUCUAAAUAAUAACGCCCAAACGGCUACAGAAAACCUCAAAAAUAAUACUCACACGGAUACUAACUUAACCAAUAAUAUAAGUAGCAUAAAUCACAACACGGAUAACAUAAAUUCUAAUACCGCUGGUGUACCAAAUGUGGAAAAUAAUGUACAUAAUUUAGAGAAUAACACGAAUAAUAAUACGAAUGUAACUACUAGUUCAGAAAAUACUGUAAAUAAUACCACCAAUGCAACUACUAGUAACACGGAUACAACUAAUACUACAAAUUUAAGCAAAAACACUAAUAUAAGUAAUAAUUCGGACAAUGUAAUAGUAUUAAGACUAGCAACGGGCGGAGCAGAUGAAUUUGUCCAUAUAUGGCAGAUAACUAUUCACGACGACGCUCCCCAGUAUACCCGUUACGUGAAGAGCGUUGAAGGCUCUGGUGAGAAAGCUGACUUUGAACAGCCACUCUCCAUCAAAAUCUUAGCUCGUUUGGUUGGCCAUAUUGGCGAAGUUAAUUCUGUGAGAUGGUCAAAUUCUGGUCACAUUUUAGCUUCUGGCGGUGAAGAUCGUUGUAUAUUUUUAUGGAUGAAGAGCAACAAACCAAGUAACCUCAACGAAGAUACACAAUACGAUUAUGAAGAGUACUGGGCCAAAACUCACUAUUUCAGAUUAUCGAAUGUGGUGAAUACAAUAUGUUGGUGUCCUGACGAUAGAGUGUUAUCUGUAUCCACUGAGGACGGUCAUGUGUCCCUGGUUGACACUCAAAUUGAAGGACCUGGUAAAAUUAGAUACUUUGAUGGACACUCGAACUUCGCACAGGGUGUCUCCAUUGAUCCCAAAAACGAACUCUUAGCUUCCAUGGGAUCUGAUCAAUCAUUAAGAGUAUGGAAGAGAAGAAAUCAGAAGGGCUGGAAGAAUGUACUAGUACUCAAGGCUGCAAGGGAUCGUGGUGAUCUCAUCCCAGUGAGUGAAUUGGAGAAUAAUUUGGAAUUGAGGAAAUACGGUCGUUACGUGUUUAUGUCAGAAGAGUUGAAGACGUUUUUCAGGAGACUUGACUGGUCGCCUGACGGACGUCUAUUGGUAACUCCGGCAGGGAUAAGACAUGAUCGUAACACCACUUUAGAUGAUAACUCGUCUGACGCUUCACAAACCACGUCGUACACUUUGUAUAUUUUCCAUCGGAAGCUGUUGAAUUUUGGGAUCCCAAUGCUAACACACCAGUCACCCACAGGGCCGUUUGUAGUUGUCAAAUUCUGUCCAAUAAAUUUCUCUGUAUUUGACAAGAAAAAACAAAACUUCUUCAACCUACUCAUGAACUCAGCAAGGAAUAAGAUGAAACCAAUUAAGAAAAAGUUGGAAAAACAAGAAAAAUCAUCUAUACUGAAUUUCGCCAAAAUCGACUCCUUCUUCACAUUGCACAAUAGUACUAACGAUACCCUGGAUGUUACUAAUACUGUGGAUAACAUUGUUAAUAAUGUUGAAAACAUGGAUGAUACCACUAACGAUAUUGACACUGUGGAUAAUACCAUCAACAACAUCGAGGAUGUGAACCAUGUUGCUGAUACGACCAAUCUUGAUACUAUGAAUGUCGUGGAUAUUGGUAAUGUCGACAAUCUUGUGAGAUUGGAAGACGAUGAAGAAAUGUAUGAUAAUUCCCAAUCAACAAACUCAACGGAACUUACGGAAUUAAUACCAUACGACAAUGAAGACGGAGCUAACGUUGAUGAUACAACUAAUAACGGCGAUACCACUAAUAACGAUGAUAUUAAUAGUGUGAAUGAGUACACCGAUGAAUUGAUGGAACUGGAUGUUGGUGAAGUGGAAACAGAUGUCCAAGAUCAUAUUAAUGUUGUAGAAGACCAGCUAAUGGAAAAUCAACAGUAUGACGUUACUAAUGAUAAUGGCGAUGGUAAAACAGUUGACAAUAUGGCUGACGUGGUUGACGACAAUGCAACUGAAGAUAACACAGUUGAAAACAACAAUACAGUUAACGAUGACACAGAUAACGGCAAUGAAGAUAACAAUAAUGCCGGUGACAUAAUAGAUAAAAGAUAUAAUUUAAGAAAAGUGAGAAAGAGUAUAAUACCAAUUUAUAAUAAUGAAAUAAUCAAGCCUAAAAUUAAGCGUAUUAAACACAAAUCCAAUAAACACAAACACACAACUACUGAAACCAAUAAUGUAAAAAGUGAACUGGAGUUGGAUGAGGAAUAUGAUACGGAUUUAGAGGAAGAACUUAGUCUGCCGAGAUAUAUAUUUGCCGCGGGGACAAUUGAUGGGUCGUUGUGCUUUUAUGAUACAAAUGAAAAGUCAGGACCAAUUGCGGUGCUGAAGAAUCUACACCUCUGCCCAAUCACAGAUAUAUCCUGGUCUCCCGACGGUUACAUCUGCGCAACAUCCUCCUCAGACGGCUAUAUCACAUUUGUAAUAUUCAAUAAGAGAGAAAUCAAUUAACGCAUCUGAAAAUAAUAUCAUAAAUU